GUGCAAUUAAUUUGACGCCACCCACAAUAAUUGGAUUAUUGGAUAAUGGCGUUACAAACAAACAUAAAUGUCUAAUUCUACCGAUAAAGUUCGUAUCAUUGAAAAAAUAAAAAAAGGAAAUUUUUUAAAGACUUCUUCAUAACAACUUGACUUAUAGCACUAUGGAUGAAUUUCCCGUCUUACAAAUACCUGAUGAUGAAGUACUCGAAGAGGAGGAAUUCGAACGUCUAUACUCCGCUCCUAUUGAAAUUGUCAUAAUACUCUCCAUAUUUUACGGCGGCAUCAGUAUUUUAGCAAUCAUUGGCAACUCAUUAGUCAUUUGGGUGGUAAUAACGGCCCGACAAAUGCGUACCGUCACCAAUACAUACAUAGCAAACUUGGCUGUUGCCGAUGUCAUCAUUGGACUCUUUUGUAUACCGUUUCAGUUUCAAGCAGCUCUUUUACAGCGUUGGAACUUACCCUGGUUUAUGUGUGCCUUUUGUCCUUUCGUGCAAACUUUGAGCGUAAAUGUUUCCGUUUUUACAUUGACCGCCAUUGCGAUUGAUCGACAUCGUGCUAUCAUCAAUCCUUUAAGAGCACGUCCUUCGAAGUAUAUUUCGAAAUUUAUUCUAGUUGGCAUUUGGUUAUCAGCAUUCAUAUUCGCUAGCCCAAUAGCUGUCGCAUUUCGCGUGGAAGUGAUGCAUGAACGUUACAGAGAGGAUGGUGUCAUCUACAAUGUGACACGACCCUUCUGUACGAAUGUCAAUCUCUCGGAUGAACAACUGAAGGCUUACCGUUAUGCGCUUGUUGUCGUACAAUACUGUGURCCCUGCUGUGUCAUUUCCUUCGUCUAUGUACAAAUGGCUGUGAAAUUGUGGCUGACCGAAACGCCGGGCAACGCCGAGGAUACAAGAGACAUGGCGUUAAUGCGAAACAAGAAGAAAGUCAUAAAAAUGCUCAUUGUUGUUGUGAUUGUGUUCGGCAUCUGCUGGCUACCCUUGCAGUUAUAUAAUGUGCUAUAUGUGACUAUACCAGAAAUUAAUGAAUACCAUUUUAUCAGCAUAAUAUGGUUUUGCUGCGAUUGGCUGGCGAUGAGCAAUAGCUGCUACAAUCCCUUCAUUUACGGAAUUUACAAUGAGAAAUUCAAACGUGAAUUCAAUAAACGUUUCAAUUUGUGCUUUUGCAAAUUUCGCACCAACAACGAUGCCCACGAGCGCACCUUGUCUAUGCAUACGAGAGCCACCUCACUGCGCUCAAACUUUGCCAACUCGUCAAUGCGUAUACGUAACAAUUUAUAUGCCGAAGCGACUGCUGGACAACACAAAUCAGAUAUAUACUACACAUAUCGUUAUGCCAAUAUGCGACCGGGUCGGAAUGGCAGUAACGCGACAGCGCACAAUAUCAUUGCUUUGCCUCGUAAGACAAUGCAAACGUAUGAUUACAGCAAAACUAAUACCGAGUUGCAUAAUGCCGCUGCUGCGGCCAAUAGUCAGAGUGUGCCGCAAUGGCGGCGCAACAAUUUCAAGCCACUGUAUCCGGAUGUAAUUGAAUGUGAAGAUGACUUGGACACGCUGAUGCACUCGACACCCACAUCAGAGGAGCCGAAUUCCAGCUCGGCGGGCAGUAAUAAGGUGAAUGUGAGUGCCGGACCAGGUUUCAUAUUCAAAACCACUGGGAAAAGAUAGCUGGGARCUUUGCCAUGCUAACACAGUUACGUAGAAACCAUGUUCAAUUGUGCAGUGGAAAUGGACCCAAGCAACAAUUAAGCGUAAGGCACGCACAUUUGGGCAACGGCAAGUCAAAGUCUUCGGCUUAUUUGACCUAAGCUUCUUUUGGGAAUGCAUGUGCUUUGUGCCCACUUUGGCUAUUGUUGCUKUAAAUUUGCCGAUUUUGACAAUAAACCCCCAGUAUCGAAGUGUGUUGCAUAUGAGACCGCCAGUGUUGACUCGUGCAAGCAAUAACCACCCAAACAAAGUCUGAUGCGUAGAAAUCAUGUCAUCUGCCAUGUUACUGACGAACCCGCCGUGGCUUUUGAGCAGCAAUUAGAAAUUCGGCAGAAUUUAUAAGCAAUUACUAAUGAUUCAUGAUGUGCUAUACUAUAAUAGUUGAAUUUCAAGUUUAUAUGCAUGACAUACAUACCUAUCUAUAUGUGGUUUUGUGUGUUUUUUCAAAUCGGAUUUGUUAUUUCAAAAAUGACA